AUGAACGAUCUUGAAAAGGAUAGGAUGACUUGGCUUUCGCCAGCAAGUCACGAGGAAUAUGAUGCGCUCAGCGCGGGAUGUGCCUGGGAUCUUUCGACGGCAGAUAACCCCCACAUACCAAGCUUCGGGCCCAUUGAUCGCCCUUUGGCAGCAUCUUUGCAGUCCAUUUUGAACCGCUCUUUUAUGUCUCCAAAGACCCCAGAUGACCUUGAUUAUGAAUUCAUGGCUCACCUAUACGAGCAGCUGCUCAACGCGGAACCGUAUGAGUCGCACAUGGCCCUUCAUGCCCUAAACAUUCUACAACAAGAUGAACGGAUGCCCGAGAGUUCCCGGGAUGAAAUUCGCAUGUUCUUUCAGCACUCAUCCGAAAUCAUGGCAAUCUCUUGGGGAAUCUACAAAGACUUCAAACAAGCUUCAGCGAGCCUGGAAUUCAUACAGGACAAGCAGUUUCUCCUAGAUACGGCUUCUUUUGCUGUUUGUGGUUGCCCAAGUGAUUGCUUUGUACAGCUUGUCCGAAGCAAAGCCAUAUCUGCAAGUGGCUUCAACAGCGCAGCCAGAGUUAUUUUCGCCUCGCACUUUGUGAAAAAAGAGUGGAUAUUGCCUGUGAACUAUUAUCGGAAAUGA